AUGCCGCCAAUGAACGAGGUUGAAGCAGUUCCAGCCAUCAAUACAACUCUGACUGAACGAGUGGUAUAUCAGCCAAUACACCCAUCUAUACGGCCCCUUCUUGACCCAGAAUAUGUCACUUUUCACGACCGAUAUGUCCAAUACGUUCGACCCGAACAGCUAGAGCCUUGGAGUCCACACGUUCGAACUCGUUUUACCUGGCCGUACUCCGGCUCGCCCCUCACUCCGGUCGGAAAGGUGCAAGAUAUUCGAAUAGACUCGGACUUUACCAUUCGGGCGUUCAGUCCUGCGACUAGUACGACCACAAGCAGGAGACCUGUGGUCAUUUGGCUUCAUGGAGGCGGGUUCGUGGGUGGCAACAUCGAUUCUGACAACGAUCUAUGUUCUUUGAUCUGCAAGAAAGCGGACUGCGUUGUUCUGAAUGUAGACUACAGAUUAGCACCGGAACACCCUUAUCCUGCUGCGAUUGACGAUGUGAUGGAGACAUUGAAAUGGGUGAGCAGUGAUCGUGGUGUGCAAGAGUUAGGCAUCGACAGAACAAAGAUCGUGAUUGGGGGAGCUAGCGCUGGUGGUAACCUUGCCACUGUGGGUGCCCUGUUAGCAGCCCAACUCUCGAUACCGAUCAUGCUGCAAGUGCUCGUUGUACCUGUCACUGACAACACGGCUACUCUGGAGACGUUGUGGUCAUCGUACCCACAUGCGCCGGGUUUGACUGCACCCAGAAUGACCUGGUUUCGCGACCUGUACAUUUCCAACCCACCACAACAGCGAGAUUGGCAAUUGUCUCCUCUGUACGCACCAACUGAGCUCCUGUCUCAGUUACCAAAGACUUGGAUCGCUAUUGCUGGUCAGGAUAUGCUGUCUACCGAAGGUCUAGCAUACGGUGAAUUACUCCGUAAGGCAGGAGUGCAGACAGACAUGCGUGUCUAUGAUGGUAUGCCCCAUGCGAUGAUGGCACUGAGUGGUGUACUCAAACAAGGGCGACAGUGUCUUGAAGAUGUCGUUGAGAUUAUCCGAGGCACUCUUCAGGCUAACUAG